AUGGUAGAGCGACGGAGGGCUCGGUCAUCAUCGUCGUCCGACCGGCGCGACGAUGACGAGGAGGAGGAGGAGGAGGAGGAGGAGGAGGAAGAUUUCGAUCUUCCCAAGGACCUGGGGAUAAGGACGUGGACCAAGGCUCUCACGAAGGAGGAGAGGGCCAAGCGGAUGACGGGGCUUAAGAGCAAAACCGCCAUUCUCUCCGUGCAGUGCGUCCUUGCUGCCAGGAGACCGGUGCCGGUGGUGGUCUACACGGCUAAACCGGUACAGUGAACGUUUUUUCGGGGUCCUCUUUUUCGCUCGGAGGAUGUGGAGUUUGGUGCUUAGGUAGACGUGGUUCGGAGUAUGGUCAGUGACAGGCAACGGGAUGCAACUCGCACUUUUUAACGGUUACCACACCGCGUGCCGGCACCGUACCGAGCUCUGCUGUGUAGUAGAGGGUUUCGGACUGUUUUGUUGGGAUGGUGUGGUAUGUAACGCUUUUGUGGACGUGGGUCGGAGUACUUUAGAAGGCCAGGGAUGAGCAACGGACUGCAAGUGGCAGUUACUGUACCCUGUACAGGUACCGUACCGUGUGCACGUACCGUACCGUGCACAGUAGAACAGCAGUAGACGGUUUCAGGCAUUAUUUUGGGAUGGUGUGGUAUUUAACGCUUGGUAAACGUGGAUCAGAGUACUUGAGAAGGCAAGAGGGAGCAACGGAACGCCACCUUGCACUCGACGGCAGUUGUCGCCUUGCGUACAGGUACCGUACCGUGAACAGUAAUGCAGUAUACGGUGUCGUGUUUUUCUGUAAGGGUGAGGUGGUGUUCAAUGCUUGGGCAGACGUGGUUCGAAGUAUUUUGUAAGGCCAGGGAUUGGCAACCGAACGCAACCCGGCACUUGAUCGUUGCCGUACCGUGUACAGAGUUACCGUACCGUUGGCGGGAACCGUACGGUGUACGCAGUACAGUAUACCGUGUUCAUGAUUGUUGGGUGAGAUUUUGUUGUGUUCAUUGCUUCGUAGGCGUGGGUCGGAGAAUCGUAGAAGGCCAAGGAUUGGCAACGGAAGGCAGCCUCGCGCUUGACGGUCACCGCACCGUGUGGAUCGACCGUGCCGUGUAAAGGAACACGCACCGUGCUGUGGACAGACCAACAUACGUCGUGCCCUUGGGGCCUGGUGGCCGCGCUGUUCAGUUUGACCCGGUUUGAGUUUGGUGGAGUGUUGCACUCUCGUCAGGUGGUUGAUCAUCCGUGUGGGUGCUGGUUUAGAACGACUUUUCGUUCCUCAUAUAUUGUUUUGAGUGUCUUGUCUUUACAUGGAUUUAUUUUGGCCGUAUCUUUUGCUUGGGGGUAUGCUUGACUUAGACAUGUGUUGUUCGACCUCGAGGGUUGUCUUGUCAUUUUCGAUAACUUUAUCGUGCAUGUGUUGAGUAAGGAGCUUGAUCUCUCCCGGGGAUGCUCUUGGUUCGGUGCGAGCGAAAAUUAGUGGGUUACCUUCACUUGCUCCAGUGUAUUCCGUCUAUGAAUUUCGUGGCUUGAUGCUGUGUGGGCGAGCGAUGGGGCGGUCUUGGGGGCACGACCCUACUGCCGGCAAAUGGCACGUUCGGCCGUUGGCUCGGGUAACCAACUCGAGUCUUUGGCACUACACAUACCUGAGUAUGAUGCGAUAUCUUUUUUUUUUCUUAAUGUAGCCGACAUCGCCUCGGAUAACCUAGGCGUGGGGUGGCACCCCAAUUAUGAUCGUCUGCAACUUGUUUUUGUUGUUUUGCAGAAAAUGGCGUGCCGUUUUGAUAGUGGGGACGCCCGCAAAACUAGCGGCAUUUCUGUGGUAGGCUUGUCGGGGUACCAUCGAACAUACCGUAGAGAUGUCGUGCCGUCCUGUUUACAACCGUUUGAUUCAUCGCGUUUGUCAAGGGAGGGAGACGGCAGCAUGUAGAUUGGACCGAGCCGGCUCCAACACGAGCUUGCUGAUUUGUAUGAUAUUGCUAAGAGCUCCGGGAGCUUAAUUAGCUUCGGUGUUUUUGGCAGCAGAUGAAAUGGGCACUCGUUCCUCUGGCCGCCCAAACCAGUAAAUGCAGAGACUUGCGCCUCACACUCCCCAUAUGAGGGAUGAGGGAUGUUUCUUUUGCUUAAGGAGGGGGGGGUGGCGGCAGCGCUUCCAAGGAGAAGUUCGUCGCAGUCUAACGUUGCCUGCACAGUAUUGGUCAACAUACUUUUCGUUCGUUUUGCAUGAGUUUUGUUUCUGUUUUUCGUUGUCCGAAGAGGGAAUGGCGAUGUGGCGGGGCGCCAACGUCGAAGCGCGUUAUUUGAAAGUACAACGGUGUGCGUGGAAUCUACUUCGUGUUCUUAUGAUGGCUUGAAGAUCAACUGG